CAAUCUCCACAGCCAUGGGUUCCUCAUCCUCGGCAGCCGCCCUCUUUCUCCUCCUUUUCGUAUCCUUCUCGACCGAUGCGUCCGGGCUCGGCUUCGAGUUCCACCAUCGGUUCUCCGACCGCGUGCGCGAGUGGGCGGAGGCGAACGCCAUGCAGGGCGUCUGGUGGCCCGAGAAGGGCACCGUCGAGUACUACUCCGCCCUCUCCGACCACGACCGAGCCCUCCGUGGCCGCUCCCUAGCCUCCGCCAACGGCGGCUCCGCGCUCACCUUCGUCGACGGUAACGCUACCUACAGACUCAGCUCUCUGGGAUUCUUACAUUACGCCAUCGUUGCGCUAGGAACGCCGAACGUGACCUUUCUAGUCGCUCUGGACACCGGGAGCAAUCUAUUCUGGGUGCCCUGUAACUGCCGGCAGUGUUCCUCGUUCAGGAACCUCGAGUUUGAUACAUAUAGUCCUGGCAAUUCGACAACGAGCCAGAAGGUCUUCUGUAACGACACUUUGUGUGAUCGCCACAAUGCAUGCACUUCUAGAACAAAUAGUUGCCCGUAUCAAGUUAACUAUUUGUCUGAGAAUACUUCAUCUUCUGGGGUUUUAGUAGAGGAUAUUUUAUAUCUGACAACAGAGGGUCCAAGCCCUCGAGUUGUUAAAGCACCGAUUGUGUUCGGAUGUGGCGAUAAUCAGACUGGUUUAUUUCUAGAUGGUGGAGCUCCGAAUGGUCUUUUCGGCCUUGGUUUGGGGAAGGUAUCCGUUCCUAGCAUUUUAGCGAGUAGGGGAUUCACUUCAGAUUCCUUUUCCAUGUGUUUUGGAUAUGAUGAAAUUGGGAGAAUCAAUUUUGGAGACAAAGGUAGCUCAGAUCAACAAGAAACUCCUUUGGUUAUGAACAGAACACUCCCGAUAUACAUGAUCAACAUAACUGGAAUUUCAGUAGGGAAUACUUCAAUAAACUUAGGAUUUCCUGCAAUUGUUGACUCGGGUACCUCCUUCACAGCCUUGUCUGAUCCAAUGUACACAUCGAUCGCUCAGAGUUUCAAUGCUCAAGUGAAGGAAAGACGACUCAACGUUAGUUCAAAUUUAACUUUCGAAUAUUGUUACGCGCUGAGCCCGACGCAAACUUCAAUUUUGCUACCUGACAUAAAUUUCACAACAAACGGGGGAAGCAUCUUUCCUGUACACGAUCCAAUCGUUGUGCUUCAAUCAAAGAGGUCAUUGGUCGGCUACUGCCUGGCUAUUGUGAAAAUCGAUCAGAUCAAUAUCUUUGGACAAAAUUUCCUGACUGGCCUUCAAGUUGUCUUCGAUCGAGAGAGGCACAUCUUGGGCUGGAAGAACAGUGAUUGCUACAACGCAGACAACACUAGCACUUCUCCUGCUCCUGCUCCUGCUCCUGCUCCUGCUCCUGCGCCUGCAGCUGUUCAAGAUCCUGUUCCUUCGCCUCCACAUGCAGCUGUUCAAGUUCCUGCUCCUGUUCCCGCUUCCUCCCCGAGUGAUUUCACUCGACAGAGUAUGAACCCAAUACAGGAUGGUUCUCCAGUACCUGCAAGAAGUCCUAGCGGCGCAUCGCGCUUGAAGGCCAUGUCAAGCCUCUGCUUGGCGAUUCUAAUGCUCUCUUUGGCUUUCAUUUGGUGAUCCUAUUCCUUCUUAGGAAACAGUAAACUCUUAGCUCCAUUCAACCUUUUAUCAGACACGUAGUAUACACAGGAAGCUUGAUCAUUAUAUAUAUACACACACAUUGUGGAAUGAUUGUGUGUUGUUCAAUAACGAGAUAUAAAAUUUUACUAGAAACAAAAGUGGAGAGACCAAUAUGACUUGUUCUGUGUGUAUUCAUGUAAGUGAAAUAAAAAUUUGAUUGUUAUGGUUGCGUAUCACUGUAUAUUGUA